CGCUGUGUCCUGCCCAGGUUUGCCAUCUCAGCAGCCAACAGAGGCUCCAGUGCAGCAGGAAUUCAAGGAACAGCAAGCCAUAGUCCCUAGUGUGAAGAAAAUGCUGGGGACCUGGUAUAACAGUUUUUCUCCAGAGCCAGAGGAGUGCCAAACAGCACUUCCUCCUCCUCGACACAGAAAACCUCUUUGUAGAGGUGGAGGUUUUGGAGGGGUGUGCAUUGAGGGGACAUGGCCCUUUCCUGCUAUGCCAGUUGUCCAAAGUCUGCAGCUAUUCUGAGUGGAGCAGGGAGGAGAAAAGGAAGAAGUGACUGACCAGGUCCCCUCCUCUCUCAGUGAGUGGCAUGGGGGUCUGUUUGGACUCUGGAUUACCAGGGCGAAGCUGGAGUCCUCCAGGUGCUAUUUCCUCAGAGGUGACCUUCCCAGCCUCCUUUGGAGGCUGAACACAGACAAAGCUAUGCUGAUAAACAAUUCGAUGACUCACAGGCCUGUGGUUCCAGGUGAGGUUGCUUGGAUACCGGUACUGAUCUUGCUGUUGGGUUGUUUGGCCUUAAGGAGGGUUGGUAGUCCCAGGCUGCAGCCACAAAUCCUCUAGCCGCUCGAUGGGGAGUCACAGAAGACCGCCUGUGUGUGUCAGAUCCCCACCUCUCUGUAGCAAGAGAAGUAACUACAGCGCCUUCACAGUCAUGAUGAUGAAACUGGUAUUAACUGAGUGGCCCUUAUGGAUUUUUAACUCUAACUCACAGUGAGCCAGCAAGCCAUAUGUUUACAGUUCAACCAAAAACCCUUCGUGUUGCUGCACUUCUUGUGAGAGGUUGAGACGCCUGUUGGUACAGAGUGGAAUACAAGAGUUACUUGCCGUGGAACGCACCUGCAGCAGAGCGAGAAGACGUCUUAAUUUAUCAUUGGAGAGAGAUGAUAGUAUUAUUUAUAUAGGUAGAAUAAAUAUAUAUAUAAAUAUAUAUAUUUUGGUGGUAAUGAAAAUGGCUCCGCAGAAUGCCGACUCGGAAUCUAUGCAAGUACAAGAGCUGCCUGUGCCCCUGCCAGACCCUCAGAAACCCAGAGACCCAGAGGCGGAGACCCAAGAGGAGACCACAAGCGAGGGGUCCAUAGACAGAAUCCCCACACGCCUAUGGGUCAUGCAUGGGGCAGUGAUGUUUGGCAGGGAAUUUUGUUACGCGAUGGAGACAGCACUGGUUACACCUAUACUGUUACAGAUAGGCCUCCCUGAGAAGUACUACAGCCUCACCUGGUUCCUGAGCCCCGUACUCGGCCUCAUCUUCACACCGCUUAUUGGCUCUGCAAGUGACCGCUGCACCCUGAGCUGGGGCCGCAGGCGGCCCUUCAUCCUUGCGCUGUGUGUGGGGGUCCUCAUUGGUGUUGCACUUUUCCUCAACGGCUCCGCCAUAGGUCUGGCGCUCGGUGAUGUUCCCAGCCGGCAGCCCAUUGGCAUUGUCCUCACGGUGCUGGGAGUGGUGGUCCUGGAUUUCAGUGCCGAUGCAACUGAAGGGCCCAUUCGUGCCUACCUGCUGGAUGUGGUAGACAGUGAGGAGCAAGACAUGGCCCUCAACAUACACGCCUUCUCUGCUGGCCUUGGUGGGGCCAUUGGCUACGUGCUGGGUGGGCUGGACUGGACGCAGACCUUCCUAGGUGACUGGUUCCAGACGCAGAACCAGGUGCUGUUCUUCUUUGCUGCCGUCAUCUUCUCUGUGUCGGUGGCUCUGCAUCUCUUCAGCAUUGAGGAGGAGCAGUACAGCCCACAGCAGGACCGCGGGCCUGAGGAUCCCACCCUGCCCGGCACCAGCGUUCAGCCUGGCGCCCCAGCUCCUGCCUCCCGCCUCAGCUCCCUUGGUGGGGGCAUGCAGGACGGCAGCCCCCCAUUCCCAGAUGAGGUGCAGUCAGAGCACGAGCUGUCCUUGGACUACCUCGAUGUGGACAUUGUGCGCAGCAAGAGUGACUCGGUGCUGCACAUGGCUGACGCCACACUGGACAUGGAGCCCCAGCUGCUCUUCCUGCAUGACAUCGAACCCUCCAUCUUCCAAGACGCUUCCUACCCCAGCACCCCCCAGAGCACCAGCCAAGAGCUCCUGAGGGCCAAGCUGCCCCGCCUGUCCACGUUCCUCAGGGAGUCCACCAAGGAGGACGACACCUUGCUUGAUAAUCACUUGAAUGAAGCUAAAGUCCCAAAUGGGAGAGGCUCCCCACCAAUCAACUCCCUCAGCCGCUCCAAGGUAGACUUGAAGCCCUCAGUCACAUCUGGUUCCAUGAGGCGGCGUAGGCACAUGUUUCACAGGCAGGCUUCUAGCACCUUCUCAUACUACGGCAAGAUUGGAUCUCACUGCUACCGCUACCGCCGGGCCAACGCAGUGGUCCUCAUCAAGCCGUCCCGAAGCAUGAGCGACCUGUAUGACCUGCAGCAGCGGCAGCGCUCCAGGCACCGCAACCAGAGUGGGGCCACUGCCUCCAGCGGGGACACGGAGAGUGAGGAGGGUGAGACAGAGACCACCGUGCGCCUGCUGUGGCUGUCCAUGCUGAAGAUGCCCAAGGAGCUGAUGUGGCUCUGCCUCUGCCACCUACUCACUUGGUUCUCUGUCAUCGCAGAGGCUGUCUUCUAUACUGACUUCAUGGGCCAGGUUAUCUUCAAAGGGAACCCGCAGGCCCCCUCCAACUCCACCAAGUGGCAUGCCUACAAUGCUGGCGUGAAGAUGGGCUGCUGGGGCCUGGUCAUCUACGCUGCUACUGGUGCUAUCUGCUCAGCCUUGCUACAGAAGUACCUGGACAACUAUGACCUGAGCAUCAGGAUCAUCUACAUGUUGGGGACACUGGGCUUCUCCGUGGGUACCGCUGUGAUGGCCAUGUUUCCCAACGUCUACGUGGCCAUGGUCACCAUCAGCACCAUGGGCGUUGUCUCGAUGAGCAUCUCCUACUGCCCCUAUGCCCUCCUAGGGCACUACCAUGACAUCAAGGAGUAUGUCCACCACAGUCCGGGGAAUUCCAAGCGUGGAUUUGGCAUUGACUGCGCCAUCCUCUCCUGUCAGGUCUACAUCUCCCAGAUCCUGGUUGCAUCUGCCCUUGGAGGCGUGGUCGACGCUGUGAAUAGUAUCGUUGUCAUCCCCAUAGUGGCUUCUGUGGGCUCUUUCCUGGGCUUCCUGACAGCCACAUUCCUGGUCAUCUACCCUGAGGUGUCAGAGGAGCCUAAGGAGGAACAGAAAGGCCUGUCCUCAGGGCCCGCUGGCGAAGGCGAGGGUGGGGCGGGCAGUGAGAAGCCCACUGUACUGAAGCUGUCUCGGAAAGGGGGCCUUCGGGGGCUGCUGGAGACGGAGUCCAUGGUGUGAGCCCCCGCUGGUACAUUCCACACUGGAGGGCAGGGCGCGCUGGGGGUUAGGCUUGCCCAUACCGUGCGAGCUGGAGUUCCUUCCCAGAGCACAGUCCAAGUUCAGUAGGUGUUAGGUGUAGGGUAGGUUUGAGCUAUUAGACAAAAAUAUCACACUAAUUACCUUUCCCACGAUUAAAAAAAAUCAUUUGAAAUCUUUUUUUAUUGAAAAAGAACUUAAUUUCAGCUGUCUUUUAUUCUGCAGGUAUUAUCAUUCUGCAUGUUUUAAAUUGUGAAAUAUUCACAGCAUAGUCAAUAAGCAAUUUAGAAAACAUAAGGGUCUGCAUUUCUAAACCAGUAAUUGGAAGUGCAGAAACUGACUCCCUUGGCAGAUACCAUCUGAAGGCAGCAGACAGCAGCGCAGUUUCCAGAUUGCCCAGCAGGUGUCUGUUGGAGACACCUUCAGCAUCAGUCUGGUAUUGCAGCGCCUCAGAGUAUUUUUCUGUUUAUUUUAGAAACAGUAUUUUCUUUUUCACAACUGUGGUUUUCUUAGAAGAACAUCAUCUCUGGCGAGUUAGGCUCGCAAUCCUGUGCACAGCUGAGACCACACACCAAAGCUGGGGAAAGGUCCCAGAGGUGUUUGAGCAGAAGGCAGCCAUUCCCCAGGGCAGCCUCCAGACAUCCCACCCAGGGACAGCACCAACCAGCAGGGCUGAAUGUGAACUCUCAGUGUGCCUCCUGCGUGCUUGUGUGUAAGUUUGUCUGUCCAGUCCCUACCCUCGUGGUCCUCCCCAGAAGCCACCACAGGGCAGCUGUUGGCUCCGUGGGACACUUCAGCUUGUCUCUACACGUUUGGCUGGAAAUCAGGCACAGAGCUCCUCCGGGUGAGCAUCGGCUCCCAAGUCCUGCUGCACGGCUACCUCGAGAGUGGGAGACAGUGGCAUCAGAGCAGGGCACGGGAAGGUGCCGAGCCUACCUCCUACCACAUUGCUGACAUUGAUUCUCGCUGGAACCUAACUGAAGUCUUGUGAACUCCUCACCUGCUCCUGCUGACGGUCACUGGAGUGGGAUGAAGGCAAAGAACAGCAAGCAUCUGCCUGAGCAGGCGGGCUGCUGACCCACGAUCCCUGCGGUGUCCCGUUUCUGCACAUGAGCAGAACAUGGGCUUCAGGGAAGCAGGCUCAGCAAGUACAGCUGUGGGUAAAGACUUUCCAACGACGUCUCUGUUUAACAACUCCAGUCUCUCGGUUCAUGAAACAGUCGGUCUGCACUCAGGAGAGGGGAGAACCUCCCUGGAUGGUACCCAGAUGAAGUCAGAGCCAUGCUCUUGUUGCCUCGGUUGGUGUUUUUACAUAAAGUACUUUAAAGUGCAUGAGAAUCAUGCUGCAAUAUGAGCAUUCUAAAGCAAAUAUAUAUACAUAUAUAUUUCAAGAUGAAAGUAAGCAGUUUUUAAAUAAAUUACUUGAAUUUUCUGUGUCUUCAAAGGAACACUGUGUUUAUGUCCUUGGCCUGGGCUCUCUUGCCACAUUCCCCACACAGGUGGCACUUUGUCGUCUUUAGUGUUUUAUAUCUGGGAAGCAGAGGCAAGCUCAGGAUACAAGGGUACCUUCCCCUUGCCUGGGUCUUCCCUCGAGCCUAUGCCUGCAGAGAACUGUCUCUACCUUCCAGUGUUUUCUGUGUUGCGAAUGGAAUUGCAGGUCUCCUUCUUGGGUAGGGGAAGUUGGACUCCAAAACACAGUCCCAGUGCUAAGCCCCCAGCCAGCUCAGCCCCAUCAGCGGGGUGCUCUGUCUCUUUGGGGAAGCAGGCACUUCUGGGCUCCUCCCUCCAACCAGCAUCCUUAGCAGGUCACUCUUGUGCAACAUAGUUUUAAGAUGGUAUUCCCUCCUUCCUGAAACAAAGGACUACAGCCUCUUGUUUUCAGGCACCCUGCUUUUCCACGUUGCCAUAGGAGGACACAGAGAGAGGCAAGGACGCAUAGGACACUUAGGUGGGCAAAACCUGGAACCAUCAAAAUGAGUGUGAGGUCCUAGGACACACGCUGCUCACAACACCUCACCCAAAGGCUUCUGCAGACCUUCCCCACUGAAGCAGAAUGACUGACAGGGGGCUUGAGGUCUAGCAGAGACCACACCCAUAGGAGCAAGAGAUAAUAGGAUCGCCACGAACAGUGGUCCAGACCUUAGGAUGCCAUGGCUUCCACUUACCAUAAGCUGAAGUACCACAAGGAUACUGUGUUUAUGGCACAGGUCUUGGCAAAGCCACCAGUAAAAUGCUGACACCCAGUAAGAACAGUCAGCCAGAGGCAUGCAUGUUUGUUACUGUCAGAUCAGGCUGCACAUCUGGUACUUUUUAAGACCUGAGCCUGUUAGGGUUUGCAUCCAAAGGCCGCUGUCUGUGGGUCUGGCCAGUGUGAGGGCCCUUGGGAUGAGACCCAAGGGUGAUAACAGAGUUGAUUUCUGGGCUUCCUUACAGAUAAAUAUAGUGAGCCAUGGGCCUCGAGGUGGAUGAUGUCUCAACCAGAGUAAACAAGUAGCCAGGCCCUUUUGCCUAGCCCUUCCCUCACUGAGAUGCCAAGGGACGAGGGCUGGCUUUGCAGUGGGUGAUGCCAAAGCUUGUAUUGCUCAGACCAGACCAGGUACUUCUGUUUCCUGACUUGGACUUGCAGACCCAGCACUCACAGGCACUGGGAUCCCAGAGAGUGCACCUGAGUAGCUCUUCCGUGGCCUAUGAUCUUGAGAGGAAAGGUGGUUCGGUUCCCUGGACCCAGGGGACUGGAAGGGUCAAACAGAUGCCCAUUUGUGGCCAGUGCUGAGGAUGCAAACGGAGGAGUUAGCUUUGUAAUACCUUGGGAUUUAGACGUGAAAAGCACCUGUGUGGUAGGGGAUUAGCAGGAAUUCCACUGGUCCCAGGCCACAGAAUUGCAUGCAGGUUACUAACGGAAGGGAGCCCGCUUCUCUUUCCCGUGAAAAUCAACACAUUUUUUUAAAGUUUGCCUGCAAGAGAGUACAAGCCCGUUAAGUGGUCCACAGCCUGGGGGCAGAAUGGCAUGGUGGCACUUCCUGGUAUCUGGAAAGCUAGCUAUGGGACGUUGUCUGUUCUUAGCCUAAGGUCUCAGCUGGAAUAUUCACACCAACAGGUGCACAGCCCUCAGACUCCCACCCUUGAGAUCCUCAGGGCCCUGUGAGAGAUGGUUUGGACAAAGUUGGGAGUGACAGAGCAGGAUCUGGAUGGUAGCCUCCUGGAGUGGUCAAGAUGUCAUAGAAGGUGCAGUGACCCCUCCCAUCAGCUGCAGCCUGGCUGCCUUAUCUCCCUGGUACCUACCACUGGCUUCUGCAACGCAUGGGGUUAAUGGCUCCCUUUGUCUGUGGCCAGUGGUCAGUGCAGGAGCAGCAACCAUGGCUAUGUGUGCUACAGGUCAGUGUCCUAAAACAUCUACUGAAACCAGACGCUCAUCAACCUCACAUACACCAAACGCCAUGGCCCCCUAGCUGUGCCGCUUCCCCAUGAACCUCUGCCUUCAGCCACCAACCAACACCUGGAUUGUGCAGGUGAAGCCACCGGUGGGUCCUCCUCCAUGGCUGUCACCAGAAACGGGCUUACCCCUCUGCAUGUGAGCUUUCGAGAGUGCCUGGGGACUGCCCAGCACGGCAGCCAUGCUGUCUGCUGGACUGACUCUUAUUAAACGGGGCAGGCAGGGGGCGUGCACACCCAUAGCUCAUCACCACUUCAUGAAAAGCCAGCAUCAUGGUGGGAAGCCUGAGACAGCCCCUCUGACAGCAACCCUUGGGCCUCCAGGAGCACAGAGCAACCUGGGCAUCCCAGCUGCCUCCCCUGCUGCCUGUUGAAGGUCCUGUGCUGGGACCCAGUAGCAGGAAGAACAGUUGUUAGAAAGGCCUCGGCACAAUGGCACUCCCCAGGCACCUCGGAACAAAAAACGAUUUAGUUCCUUUGUGAACUGGAAACAGGACAACUGUUAUCAACUUAUUAAGUUGGAGCACUGUAAUAGCUCUUGCUGAUUUUUAGCAACAGUUAAGUGUGUGUUAAACACAUGUUACAAUUUAUGAAGAAACAGAUUCUAGAGAGAGUACUAUCACACACGACAACUUUGUUUUUUACUAGGUGGAUAUUGAUGUCUGCUGCUGUCCAGAGCCCCUCUAGGGCUUUGUCCUUUCUUUGUCACAUGCUGGGCUACUGGUCCCUGUACAUCACUCAGCGUGUAUGGCCUGACUCCUUCCUGCCAGGCUAGCGUCUCCCUGCCGCUAUUGCUGUUACGCUGUGGUUAAUUCAAUAAAUGUUACCAUUGCAGAUGA